AUGUCGAUCUGGGGUGCCUUGACAGGACGCAAGUCCUCGUCCACCUCUGAGCCGAACCACGCCGAUUCCAGGUCCUCUUCCUCUUCCUCGUCAAUCCCCGCACACGCCGUCUACGACUCACCUUCACCAGCAGGCGCACCAUCAGGAGGCAAUGCCGCACUGGCAACCCUCGGCGGUGGCGGUGCCGACUCGUUCCUGCAGAGCUCCACGUUCGCCGACCCGACGCAGCUGCACCCGCUCGCCGGCCUCAACAAGGAGACGCUCGAGUACAUCUCUAUGGAGGACUCGACCCUGUCGGACCUUCCCGGCUCGCAGUCCGUGCUGCCCUCGCGCGGCUUCACAGACGACCUGUGCUACGGCACAGGCAUUACGUAUCUGACGGCUUUGUCGCUCGGUGGUGCCUGGGGCCUCCAAGAAGGCCUGCGGCGGUCUGCCGGCCAGCCACCCAAACUGCGGCUGAACUCGGUGCUCAACGCCGUGACACGGCGGGGUCCGUUCCUGGGCAACUCGGCGGGUGUUGUGGCCAUCUGCUACAACUGCAUCAACUCGUACAUUGGCUACCUGCGCGGCCGCCACGAUGCCUUCAACUCGGUGCUGGCCGGCGGCCUCAGCGGUAUGCUCUUCAAGAGCACGCGCGGUGUGCGGCCGAUGAUGAUCUCGGGCGGUAUUGUUGCGUCCGUGGCAGCAGCCUGGACGGUUACCCGUCGCACAUUCUUCCCGAUCCCCGAGCCUCACUCCGCACACUAG